CCUCGCUUUCAGGGCUCCAGCCGUGAUGUCUCGCGAUGCCGUAUUUGUUUCGCGACUGUGGAUCUCAGGGGGAGCGGCCGCGGCGGCCCGGGGCGCGGGAGGGGGGGGGGAACGACGCGCCAGGCAGGCUUCAAAGAGGCAGUGUGGUUAAUGGCGAAGGUGGCGGCAGAGAGGAUGACGGCCACGAGCUUGGCGGUGAUGGCGAAGUCAGGGCAACCACCAGAAGUCCUGGGGAGCACAACAACGAGCGCAGCACGUUGUCAGAGCGACGGAUGAAAAAAAUGAUUCCUCAUGGGAGCACCCUGCGCAAGUGUCGCAAGCAGAAGAAUGUCCAAGGAACCGUCCUGGAGCUCUCUUGGGGGUCUUGUAGACCGUCUUGGACAUGCCCUGGAAGUGGGCCAGAAAGGCUACAAACAUUCAUAAAGAAUCAAUGGUUCACGCAAGGUUGUCGCAUGUUCAGCGCUUUGGCCUUCACAGCAUAGCAGACGGCCCAAAUAGCCCAGAAGACCCGCCCGAGAACCCCCGGAAAAAUACCCCAAAGAGGCUUCCAAGAGGCCCCAAAGAGACAUCGGGGAGGCCACUCCUCCACGACCCAAACACGGUGGAGGGACGCUCCGAAGGCCACUAAUAUUUUGAUUGUAAGGGCUUUCCAGAGGCAGCGCCGUGGGGCGAUUCAUCGCGGGAGCAGCCUGCGCCCGUAAACAAAAAAUUCAACAAUCCGCUGAACCGAACAAGCCAGCCCUCGUAUACACCGCCCCAGCAGCCAGAAAUCGCGGAGGAGGAGGAGGAGGGGGAGGAGGAUGAGGGGGGAGGAGCAGGAGCAGAAGGAAGAGGAGGCGGUGGGCCUCUGGUGUCCGACGGCUUAGCCCAAGCAGCCACGCCGGAAGGCACCGAGAGGCACAGCGAAAAAAAACACCCUGGCCCGGCCGCGCCCGCCCAAGACGACGAGCGCACCGCCGGAGGAGGAGCGGGGCGGCACCCGCGGGCGCCGGGAAUGCCGCAGGCCAGCGGACCCCAUUGUAGACAAGCGCGCUCCACUACUCGCAAAGUAACGACUCGCAAAUGACGGUUGCGAAUUGGCAUUUUGCGAGUAUUAGCGGAACGCGCUCGGUGACCUUGGGGGACCAAGGUGAUCCGAGCGCCGCCCGGCAACCGGGGCGCUAGCGGCGGAGGGAGGCCGCUCAGCGGAAGUGGUGCGCGCGCUUCCAGGGCUUCCCCCUCGGCUUCCCCUUCCUGGUCUGGUAGGGGCCGAGGACCGGCUGCUUCUUGUUGCAGCCGGGGAUCGCCGCGGAGAUCGCCGAGUGGUCGUCCGAGCCGAGGAUGCCCCCGGCGUUCGCCACGUUGCCGAUGCUGAAGGAGAGGUCGUUGGCGAAGAUGGACGAGUUGGUGGUGCUGUUAAACCCCCGCCACACCGUGCUCCAGAAAACCUUGAUGUCGUGGCCGCGGUUCAGGCUGUUCAGGCUGCACUCCACCUGCAUGAUCCUCUGGCGGUGCAUGUAGGUCCUGUACGUGGGCUCCCUGAUGACGCCCCGCGGAGUACCCAUGUAGCAGAUCGGGACGUUGUCGAAGAGGUGCCUGGCGUCAGUGUUGGUAACGUCCUGGGGGUUGCCUCCACUGUCAGUAAAGGUGUACGUGUAUUCAUGGGCUGCCGUGUCGUUGAAAUUAUCGCUCCCCACGUUGAACACAAGCUUUGUGAUGUUUGUCCCGACGGAGCUUCCCUCAAAUGUGACAGUGCGGAUGAGGAGGUCUUCGCACGCAUCGUCGGUGAGCUUCCCAAACGUGGCAUAGACGAUCAGGUCGGCAGCGGCCGGAUUCUCCAGGUCUGCAUUCUCGGGCAGCACGAUCACGGCGUGCUCCCCCGGAGUGGUGACGUGGAACUUCUCGAGGGCAGCAUUAGUCAACUCCGGGUCAAGCACUGCAGCGACGCCGGUGCGCGAUUGUGCGUCGCUGGAGGGAGCAUCGUGGACGUUCAGACCGACCACGGCGGCAAUCUCCGCGGCGGCAAGAAGCAGCCUGGCCAUGGCGCAGAGAAGCGAUCGACCGACGUGUACCGAACAGUUCGCGGAUGGCGAAAUGACUUGAGCCAAAGCU